UGCAAACAUGGUCAACGCCAACAAGUACGCCCGCGACCCCGUCGACGCCGUCGCGAAGACGCUGAACCGCGGCGCGGAUAUGGAGCUCGGGGAGACAUACUUCACCACAACCGGCUACUUGGGGCAGGCUGUGCAGCACAACCGCAUGACAAUCAACACGGUGCACAACAACACCGUGCGGCGGGUCCUCAAGGAUAGCUCCAUCACGAGCCAACGGCAUCGAUGAGUGCACGGCCUGCGGACGCAACCCUCACCUCCAAUAACGGCCGCUGCAUCAGCGAGUGCCCCGACGGCGGGCAUGAGCUCGGCAACGGGUGUGCCGAAUGCCAACUCCACGCGUGUGCCAAGUGCCACACCACCAGACGCCACCGACUGCCUCCUCUGCCACGGCAACCUCACCAGUCGUGCAUUGCCCAUUGCCCUCUCAACUACUACGCCAAGGACCACCGCUGCGUGCCAUGCACCACGUGCGGCAUGGCUGCACCCUUUGGCAUGGAGUACCAGCCGCCGCCGGACCGCGCCUCGUGCUUACCCACCAGUGCGUGCGAGGAGCCCUUCAUCGAGACCAUCCCGCCCACGCUCACCACAGACUGCCUGUGCUCCUGCGACACACUCACCUGCAACAAGCUCAUCACGCAGCUGUUUGAGGAGAUGGUGUGCGCCGAGCCCAUGGACGAGCAGCUCGACGUCGUGCUUGACGUGUGCUGCUCCGGCCAGGGCGAGGAUGGCAUCCGCGACACCAUUCGCCAGAUGGAUGCCGACGAGGCACGCCGCUCCUGCACAGGCUGCACAGACACGUGCGAGUGCAGCGCAGGCUUCAUCCUUGUCUACGACGCCGACUCGGCCGACUGUCGGCCGUGCGACAGCGUGACGGAGUUCUCCCCAUCCAUUGGCGGCAGCAGGUGCGAGCCUACUGAGGAGUGCGAGCGCGGCCAGGAGGAGGUUGCCGCGCCAACCCGCUGCUCCUCGGACCGCGUGUGCCGCGACUGCCCGGCCGGCACCAUCGACGAGGACAGUGACGGCUCCGCGGGUUGCCAGCCAGAUAUGCCCCGCCGGCCACUGCACGGAGGCGGGCUCCCACGGCUCCUGCUCCACCUUCACUUGCCGCGCAGGCUGUCUGGCCAGGGCGUGCCCUGUCUCCCCGUCACCACGUGCGACGCCGGCGAGGAGGAGACGGUCAAACCCACCCCCACGAGCGACCGCGUGUGCGGCCAGUGCGAACUUGGCGCCACCUUCAAGCCCGUCGACGGCCAGGCCGAGUCGUGCCGCCCCGUCACGCAGUGCGCAAGUGCGAGUUUGGCACGUUCCAGAAGCCAGGCGCCCACGCUCGACUCUGACCGCGAGUGCGCGCUGGAGUGCUCCGAGUGCCCCAGCGGCCGCUUCGAGAUUCGCGCCUGCUCCACGCUGGAGAACGACCAGUUUGAGCUCUUCCCCACCGCCACGCCAACCGCGGACCGCAUCUGCUGCGACCUGACCCAGUGCAACCCGUCGACGGAGUGCGAGCGCACCACCUGUGCCACCUCAUCACCAAGUGCGACCCUGGCGAGCAGCGCAUCCGCGCCCACCUCCACCUCCAACACCAACCGUGCCUCCUACGGCCACUAUGUGCCUGCGGGAUCCAUCGGCUCCUGCGAGCAGUUCCUGUGCCCAGCCGGCACCGCCAACCUGGACCGCAACGCUAGCACGCUGUGCACGCCGUGCCAGGUUGGCGUGGACUUUGCCGCCCUCUCUCUGGUCAGCGCGAUUGCACACCUGUGGCGGAGUGCAACCUUGGCUACGAGGAGGUCGUGCGCCCUACUAUGCGCCCCACCAUCAACACGGACCACCAGUGCCGCCGCUGCAUCGAGGGCCUGUUCUACUGCGACGGCAACAUGGACUUCUGCACGCGCGGAUGUCGCCCUGCGAGCCUGGCUCCUUUGCGACGGCUGCGCACACCAUCAGCACUCACCGCGAGUGCCAGAUGGCCCGCACUGUCUGUCCAACGAGUACGAGCUCGUUGACACGCAGUCGCGCCGCGAGGCGUUUGAGGCCGCGCUGGGCUCCGUCAUCGCCACCGUCGCUUCCCUCAACGAGGACAUUACGGUGUGCCUCUUCAGCUUGUUCGUCUCUGGCGACAUCACUGAUAUGGGCUCCACCGCAUCGCAGUGCGAGGCCGACGCGACAUCCACAGCAGGCAUCAUCAUUGCACUUGAUCGAGUGCUGUCAGCACUUGCCACCUUCACCUCCCACAUCUUCAUCAUCAUCCCAGCACUGCUGCAACCACCACCACCAACGACAGCAAACUGCUCAAGCAACAGCAAGGAGGUGGCCAUCGUGAUUCUGGUGGGCACGCAUGUGCUGGCUGUUGUUGGUGUCAUGACUGGCAACAGCAGUUGUUGCGAUGGGCGGAAACAGCGAUGA